GAAAACGGCUUUGUCGUUGGCUGAAGUAUCAAUGUCGUGACAGAGGUGAGUAUGUCAGGACUCAGAAGCAGCCAGAGGACGACGGAGGACGGUGACUUUGCUAAUCUUUAUCCUAAAUAGUCUACAUUUGCAUUAUGGAAUUCUACAGGAAUUUGUCAGCUUCUGACUGGGCAUCACUUCUGCCAUUUGGUGUUGCGUGUGCUGCUGUUGGCUUUGGUGCUAAAAUGAUUUGUGAUAAAAAAUUUGGUGGUCCAAUAAAUCCUAAUUUACGUAAAGGAGAGGCGAAAGUUGUGGAUUCUUUGGACAUAGAAGAUCUUGGCAACAAGGCAGUCUUUUGUCGGUGCUGGCGUAGUGCAAAGUUUCCAUAUUGCGAUGGAAGCCACAAUGCACACAACAAUGUUUGUCAAGACAAUGUUGGUCCUCUCAUUAUCAAGAAGAAAGAGUAACAGACAAAUGGAACAUGUUAAUAAUGGCAGCACAGUUGUACAGUAAAUUCCAUGAAUGUAUUGAUUAAAAUACUUUCAUUACGGGUUCCAGGUUCUGGCAGCUAUGUUAUUGUAGCAUGUGUUGCUUCAAACAGAUUAUGUGUAACAGGCUAAGGCUUGCUGGAAAUGGCAUCUGUUUGGUUGUACAAUGCAUUUAAAAUAAAAUUAAAAGAUGAUUACA